GUCAGAGUCAUCCCUGUGCAGUGUAACCUUGGAAUCCUUGGAGCAUCCAGCAGCUGCCAGGCACUUGCAGCCCUCUCAUGAAUUUCUUUCUUUUUCUUCAAGUGGCUGACUUCUGUUUUCCAAGGCUACUGUUUUCCAUUUCCUCACAGAAACACUGCAUCUGCUUGAAGUAUGGAAUUCGUAUGGAAACRAAAAUGUUUUCUUCAGCUGGGCUGUGUAUUGAUGCUGAAUUUGGUUUAUGCCAAUCUAGAGKAUCAAAAAGAAACUCCUCCAAGACUGCGAGAGAUUGACCAUCAAUGCUGGGAGAUAUCAUCCCAUGGGCUGGUGGAAAUGAAGAAACUCAAAGUAGCAGAUACAGUCAUUGCUCUCUGGGACUUCAUGAUGUUUCUAAAGGAAUCCCCUAAGCCCAAGCACAAUGAACUCUUCAAUGAUUUAGCCCAGAACUUCUGGGAUAUGUAUGUAGACUGUGUGCUCUCAAGAUCCCAUGGAAUGGGCAGAAGACAAUUAACAUCUCCUAAAUAUUCUUCCACAUACUCACAUAGAACUUUAGAAGGGUUUGCUUUCACCAAUCCAUUUUAGGCAAAAAGGGGAGAAAAUGAAGAUACUUACAUAAGGCAACAUCAAAACAAAGGAGCAGAAAAUCACAACAUAUAUUGUUGAUGCUUGGAGAAAUCCUUCGGCAUGGUUCAAUCUUUCYUUUCUUUUUGUAUAAAGUACUUAAUCACUCCUAAACUGAUAAAUACAUGAACCCCCACACUGUCACUUUUGCUUUCCUGUCUUGCAGUCUACCAAGCUUGCCUUUUCCUCAGUGCAUGUGUGAAUGCUUUUGUGUUUUGAAUCAAAACUUUUGUUCUCCCACAUAAGCUUUAAAGCCUGGAUGUGUCAUUAGUUUUCUCUUUYCCAAGAAUUCUCUUUUUAAAAGUUAAUUUUGAUGGAACCCAAAUAUAUUUUUAUACAUUAUGCAACAGAGAAAAUGUAAACAAAUGUAUUUUAUACACUGUCUAGCACAUACUAGAAACUUUCAGAACUGAAAAAAAAGGAGCUGUGAUAUUAGGCUAAAAGGUAAGGUUUAUGCUCAUUGUAAUGUCCUGU